GUUUGCCGCUUCAGUCGCCGAAUUUCUGAGAAUCGCCAUGGCUCCUGUGGAGGAAGCCGCAAACCUGCUACAAGCGGGCGCCAAAGCGCACAAGAACGGUGACCUAAAAGCCGCCGAGGAGCUCUACGAGCAAGCCCUCGCCGAGAAGGACAAGUCGGAAACGGGCGCGGAGGUGGCAGAGCUGCUGCACUUGCUGGGCGCUCUCCGGAUCCAAAAGCUUGGCGUGGACGACGAUGACGAGGGUCCCCAGAAGCCUCCGACCGCGGAGCUGGAGGCCGGGGUGGCGCUCUUGCGGCGCGCCGCGGCCGCGCUGCCGAGCAGCGCCGAGGACUCUGCCAGGGCGAGGCUGCUGUGCUCCCUGGGUACCGCGCUGCUGAGGCCCGGGGCACCGGAGGCCAUGCUGCGGGAGGGUCUGCAGCUGCUGCGGGUGGCCCUGCGCUUGGACGCCACGCGCUGGGCCGCCUGGUACAACGUGGCGCGCGCCCUCGCGCUCCUCGCCGCGGAGAGGGAGAAGGCAUGCGGCGAAGAUACCUCGGAGAUUCAGGCGCUGAACGAGGAAAAGGUCAGCGCUUUGCGGUCGGCGCGGCGGCUAAAGCCGCGGCACAGCGGGUGCUUGUACCGCCUCGGAAUGAGCCUCAGGGAAGCUGGGCAGCAGGAGGAAGCGGGAGAGGCGUUGGACGAGUUCCUUCAAGUCGCGCGCAACGACCACAGUCGCUGCGGUAAACGUCGCAGCGCGGGGGCGCAGCACUGGCUGGCGGUGCUGCGGAAAGAGACCACCGCGACCGCUCCCGCGGAGUACGUUGCGGGGCUCUUCGAUUGCUACGCCGAGCGCUUCGACGAGCACUUGGUGGGGGCGUUGGAGUAUCGCACCCCUGAACUCUUGGAGGAGGAGUUAAAACAGGCCAAGAGUUCGUUGCAGUUGGACUUCGGCUUUUGCGUCGACCUGGGCUGCGGCACGGGGCUGAUGGGCCCCCGCUUGCGCAAGCUGGGGGUGGAGAAGUUGGAAGGGGUGGAUCUGUCCAGGAACAUGCUGCAGGUGGCCGAGGAGAAGCAGCGAGGCUAUGACCGCUUGGUCUGCGGCGACUUGUUGGAGCUUCUGUCGCAAGAGUUGGACCUGGUGGUUGCUGCGGAUGUCUUCGUUUACCUCGGCGACCUCCAGCCGGUGCUCGCGGCCUGCGGCCGCUGCCUGCGGCCCCGGGGCCUCGCCGCCUUCUCCACGGAGGCGCCGCCGCGGCGCGGCUCCGCCAACGAGGAGGAGGGUCCUGUGCCGGAGAACGGUUUCAAGCUGGCGGAGACCGGGCGCUACCUCCACAGGGCCUCCUACGUGACCCAAACCGCGGAGGGCUGCGGUCUGAAGCUCUGGAAGCGCUGCAACGUGGUUCUCCGGAAGAACGGGGGGAAGCCGGUGCACGGGCACCUCCACCUUUUCCUGAAGCCCGGGCCCUGAACCCAUAAACAUGGGGCAGCCUGGGCCAUCUCACUCGAGUUUCUGGACCUCAGGCACUUGGGAAGACGAUC